AGCAGGAACGAAGGGUACGUGUACGGCAACGCCCCAGGUGCCAACCAGAGAACAUCAAUGAUGCAGAGGACCCAGUGUGGGGAGCAUGACCCGAGGACCCGAAGCAGCUGUAGAUGAAGAGGAGGCCGAGGGCUGGGUGGAGAGACUCUGAUCUGGGAUCAGAGGGCCUGGGUUUACUCUUUCAUAUCUAACUGGCUCUCAAAUAAUUGGCACCUCCAAACUUCUCAGGCUCCUUUCCCGUAUCUGCCAGAUAAAUGAUUAGACUCAGUGACCUCCUGGCUCUAAAACUGGGAAUCUGGGCUUCCAGUGGAUCAAACACAAGGUGCGAGUCUGACCCUCAGGUGAGGUUCACAGAGGAGAGAAGGGUCUUCUUCAAGGCUGCAGCAGGUUGAGAGCAGGGUUCUGCCCAGUGGUCCUUAUGGAGUGGGGGAUAGGCUCCUCCCUGAGAGCAGAGCGGGGGUCAGGCGAGAGGGGGCUCCCUGUGGACGCCCAGCCCACCUUCAGCUGCAUGUGGUGGGAAAAUGCACCUGCCAGGGUCUCUGUAAGUCUCCCAGUCGCUGUCAGCGGUGCUCCCCACAUUGGGUCCUUCGCAUCAUUGAUGUUCUCUGGUUGGCACCUGGGGCAUUGCCGUACACGUACCCUUCGUUCCUGCUGCGCGAGCUCUGCUAUCAGAACGAUGCCUCGUGGGUUUCUGCCUCUCCUAGCUGUGUUCCCUCUCCUGUCGAGCUCUCGCUCUGCACCUUGCUGAUUGCCACACAUCUUCCAGGCAUCCUGCCUCACAGUGAUUCAACUCCCUGGCGUCUGAACCACUCACUGGAUAAUCAAAUUCUCUUAGGAGGUUGUCGCUGUGAAAGCCUUAUCCUCCCAACUAGAUUGUAACUUCUUAAAGAGCAUGAGGCACUUCUGUCCCCCCGGGGCCUUGCCCAGUACCUGGCACAUGAGCUGGUUAACGUCUUGUUUGUUAGGAAAGGUACGCCAUGUGUUCAUCACCAACUGCUGAUUUUCAUACCCCGAUAGCCCUAACUUCCAUCAAAGGCAUGUUUUAGACUGGCCUUGCUUUGGUUUCUGAUCCCACCCCAGCCUUGGUGUGAUUUGGUAUUGCCCACUUCCUUUAAGCUUUUGUGAAACCCAGGUAGUGAAACUUUUUUUUUUUUUUUUGGCUGCAUUGGGUCUUCGUUGCGGCACGAGCUUUCUCUAGUUGUGGCGAGCAGGGGCUACUUUUCGUUGUGGUGCGCGGGCUUCUCGUUGCGGAGCACGGGUUCUAGGUGCGCGGGCUUCAGUAGCUGUGGCACACAGGCUCAAUAGUUGUGGCUCGUGGGCUCUAGAGCGCAGGCUCAGUAGUUGCGGCGCACGGGCUUAGUUGCUCUGCGGCAUGUGGGACCUUCCUGGACCAGGGCUCGAAACCGUGUCCUCUGCAUUGGCAGGCGGAUUCUAAACCACUGCACCACCAGGGAAGUACCUAGUGAAACUUUUUAAAGUUUGCUUUGUGAAACGGCACUUUUUUUUCCCAAGCUCCCCCCUUGAUCUUUGUGGAAGAUGUUAUUAUUCCAGCAUCCAAACUUUCCAUUAUUUUUUUUUAAAGGAUUCAAUCUUUUCCCCAUUUUACAGGCCAAUUCGAAAAUCUAAUGGGAGAUCUUUUUUUUAAUUAAUUAAUUUAUUUAUUUUUGACUGUGUUGGGUCUUCGUUUCUGUGCGAGGGCUUUCUCUAGUUGUGGCAAGCGGGGGCCACUCUUCAUCGCGGUGCGCGGGCCUCUCACUAUCGCGGCCUCUCUUGUUGCAGAGCACAGGCUCCAGACGCGCAGGCUCAGUAGUUGUGGCUCAUGGGCCUAGUUGCUCCGCGGCAUGUGGGAUCUUCCCAGACCAGGACUCGAACCCGUGUCCCCUCCGUUGGCAGGCAGAUUCUCAACCAGUGCACCACCAGGGAAGCCCCUAAUAGGAGAUCUUUAAUUCCCUUCCAGGAAGGAUGGGGACUAACGGUGAGCACCCCUCCGUGCCCCUUCCAGGCUUGUGAGGACAGGCUUAGGUGGGACUUGAACACUGGCCUACGUGAUACCAAGUUCAGGUCACGUUCUGUAGCCUGUGCAGCCUUCUCCCAGCCUCAGUCUGUGGCUCUGUUAUCUGGUUGGUUGGUUGGUUUUUGUCCCCACAUGGCUGUCCUUCUGGCCCAUGACCACUUUACCUGACCUCUAAAAUGACUUUCUUUUUGAGUGUGUGAUAAUUAGUUGUAAUUACUGUUAUUCCCAAUGACAAAUCUUAAAGUCAGCACCCAGCCCAAAGUGCCCCAUACCCUUUCCUGGUUGGUAAUGGAUUGGAGAGUCUAUCAUCCUGUUACACAGAGUUGGGGUCAUUUGUCAUGAUUUCCUGGUUCUCAACCACCUUGAGUCUAUAGACCAUUCUUCUGUCUGCUCACGGUCUGGAAGUUUCUUAUAAUUCAUCGCCACUGGCUUAGCUUUCUUUUCCUGGAGAAGUUCAGUGUUAUUUUUAUGCUUGGAGAGUUCACUGUGUUCUCUACCUUCCAGUUUUGUUUUUUAAUUAGAAAACUACAGAGAAGUACAAAGAAUAACAUAAGAAAUACCCAUGUACUUUCCACCCAAUUUUAAUAAAUGUCAACCUUUUCUUAUCAUGUCAAGUUUUUUCAUGCAAGAUAAAACAUGACAGAUAAGUUAAAAGCCCAUCUUCCUUCCCCAGGCCUCCUCCCUCCUUCCCUAAAGGCAGCCACUCUGAUGAAUUCAGUGGGUAUCCUUCCAGUUUAUGUUUUUAUAGUUUUACUACAAAAUAUAGUAUUGUCUUGAGUUUUUAAAUCUUUGUUAAUGAUGUAUCACAUGAAAGUAAGUUCCUUUCACUCAGUAUGGGUUUUGAGAUCUAAUCAUGUUUAAACCCGUGCCCAGCACUGUUCUAGGGACUAAGAAAAGAACUGAAUGAAACAAACUGCUUUCCUCGUGGGUUUUCUACUGUGGAAGGGUGGAGAGGCACAUGUGGUAUGAAUGUGCCACAAUUUAUUUGUUCAUUAAUUUAUUGGUGGCCAUUGGUUUACUGUUACAAACAACACUGCAGAGGACAUUUCUGUAUGUCCCCUUGUACAUAUGUCCUGUGUACUAGUUUGCGAACUUUCCUUAAAGGGCCAGAUGGUACGUUUUUUAGGCUUGUGAGCCAUGUGCUCUUUCACAACUACUCACUUCUGCCCUUCUUGAAAGGGGCCUUACAUAAACAAUAUGUAAACAAAUUAUUUAUGAACACUGGCUUUUCAUGAUUUUUACCUGUGCUAAAAUAUUCUUUUGGGACUUCCCUGGCAGUCUAGUAGUUAAGACCCUGUGCUCCCACUGCAGGGGGCGAGGUCCCUGGUCAGGGAACUAAGAUCUCACAUGCUGCGCAGUGCAGCCAAAGAAAAAAAACCUUUUGAUUUUUUUCCAACCACUUAAAACAUGUAAAACCGAUUCUUAACUCAGGGUGUACGUAUCUUGGCCCACAGGCCAAGUCUGCAACAAAGGCAUGACGCCGGAGCCUUCAUAAGGACACUCCAAGCCCAGUUCCAGAUGAAAACAGGAAGUGUGAGUGGAAGCCACUCACCCACUCUGGCCAUUGAGAAAUAACUGGGAAAGCCUUUAGGAAGCUGGAAGGAUGAAUAACAGCUAGUGGGGGGGUCUCUGGAGCCAGGACCUUUGCCAGAUCAUUUCAGUCUGGCUCAGCCCGCAUGUGUCAGGACUGGUAACCGGGCUUUCUCUCUGCCUGGUCUUUAUUCUCUCAUGGGUGGGGCUGAGAUCUGGAUUGAGCCAUCAUCCAAGAAGUACAUACUGCUCUCUGAACAGGAAGAUAGUGUAAUAGGAAGGACGGGGGCUUGGGAAGGCUGAUCACAGAUCCUGCCUCGCUCUGCCCCCGACUUGUUCUGUGAUCUUGGGCCUUUCGGUUCUCUGAGGCUGUCCCUUGUCUCUAAUGGGAAUAGUCCACACUUGGUUGAUAGGAUGAAAGACAAAAGUGUAAUGGAAGGUGCCUGGCAUAUAAGAGGUGUCCGGUAACUGCCAGCCAACAUUCGGAUUUUCCCUCUAUGGAAUGGAGGCCAGAACACCUCCCUGGUCAGGCAGUUCACUUCCUCUGGAAGUAGCCCACCCCAUCCUCCAGCACCUCUGGCAGUUAGAAAGCUCUUUCCUUGAGCUGAAAGCUGGCUAGCUGGGCUUCCACUCCCUGUCCCACUUCUAGCCCUUGAGACCACGCAACAACCUCUCCUCUUGACCAGACAAAAUGGCGUGUUUUCUUCAAAUCAUGAUCGCAAGUCCUUUCACCAUUCUGGCCACCCUUGUUAGAAGUAGCAUUUUCUGAGCCAAACCUCUGACACACUUGGACUGUAAGUGAAAAUUAAAGUUUGGGUCUAGAGCUGGCCUGGUUAUGGUUGAGGAAGGCCAAACAUUGGUCAAGAGAUUCAAUGGUGGGCACUUCCCUGGUGGUCCAGUGGUUAAGAAUCCGCCUUCCAAUGCUGGGGACGGGGGUUUGAUCCCUGGUCAGGGAACUAAGAUCCUACAUGCUGUGGGGCAACUCAGCCCUGUCCCUCUAGAGCCUGCACACCGCACCGAAAUACCCUGCAUGCCACAAGGAAGAUCUCGCGUGCCACAACUAAGACCCGACGCAGCCAAAUAAAUAAAUAAAUUUUAUAUAAAUAAUUAAUGAAUGAAUGAAAGAGAUUCAAUGGUUAAGAGUUUAAGACUGGCACAGUGCAGACCUUGGCUCUGCUAGUUUUGGGCAAGUCAACCUCUCCAAGGUCAGAUUCAUCUUCUGUAAAAGGGGAAAUGGUUCUGAUACAUUCCUCAUAGGCUUAUUGAAAGCAAUGCAUUUGCCAAUGUACAGGGCAUGCUCUGCACAACAUCUGGGGCGGGCUGGGUCCUCUGGAGGUUCUUAGUGGGAAGGAGAGGAGGCAUGUUUUUGAGAACCUCUGCCAUCCCCCCCCCAGUUCUGUUAAACCCACCCCUCUCCUCCCAUGGAGGUGGGCGCAGAACUGGGCUUAAUAGGGGCAUGGUGGCCAGUUGCCUGGCCUAAGGUGGAGCUGGGGGCCAGGGCUGCCCGGCAGGACCAGGGACCAGAGGCAGGACGUGAAUUGAUUAGCAGGUGAAGGCCCUGCCAGCUGUGGCCACCAGGGGGCACCCCCGCCCCAGAGAUGGCCUGGCCCAGUCAGACACACCCACUCCUCAUCCGAAGAGACUCUGUUCUGGCCCGUCCUGGGGUAGAACAACGUUCUGUUGGGACAGAACAUGACAGUCUUGCGUGCAGUUGGUCAGACUUCCCCAGGCAGGCCCCAUGGCCUGUGGAAAACUCUCAGGCCCAAGGCAGAGGUCUGGAUUAUAACUCUGACUCUGCUACCCAUGACCUUGGGCAAGCCUCUUCCCUCACUGGCCCGGUUCACAGGGUUGGAACAGACUCCAAAGUCCCUUCCAGCGCUAAGAGUACAUGGUUCUCAGGUUUGAAGCCGGGUGGUUUCUUUUUUCUCACCCUAGCGCUUCUCCACUCAGGGCAGCACACACAUGCCCGCUGGCAGUGAACCUGGCCAGGGAAGCCACCUGUCCCAGACCCUCAACUCCAAAGCACUGCGACACUAGGGGGGAGGGGUAGUGCGGGCGGGUUGGGGGGGGUGCGGGGAGGAGGAAGGGCAAGGUCAGGUGAACCUGAACCGAGAGCCUCAAUGGGUCUUGCUUCAUUCGGGACAGACAUCCGGUUUCCUCUGGUCUCUGCCAGGAUUCCGGGGGCUUAAAGGAAUGAGUCAUGGGGGGGAUUGGGGAGUUCCCAGCUAACCAGUUCGGGACAGGAACCAGGGUGAUGCCUCUCAACAUGUGCGGUGGGGACAGGAGGCAAGACCCCAGUGUUCCUAUCUCAGGCCCCUGGACCCUCAAGAGGGCACUCAGAGAGGCAGCCUCUGGGAAUUGGGGGGGAUAGAAAUAGGGCAACUGGUUUCUUCCUUCUCAGAAUUGGGGGCCUAGGGAGCAGGUGGCUUGAGAAUCCCAAGGGAGAGUGGCAAAUGGGGCUGACCCAGGAGAUGUGCCAGGGGAGGGCGGGAGGGAGGGCCCCAAGGCCUAGGCCUGCCUCUUCCCCGGGGUCGACCUGACUCCAGCCUCCCCGGCUUUUAUCAUUGGCUCAGCUUUGGUUCAGCGGUUCAGUUCAAACACUCUGGGGCAAUUCAGACCUGGGUGGGGCUGAGGGGAGGAAGGGAGUUUGAGGGGGGCAAGACGUCAAAGAAGAAUCAGAGAUUCCACAAUUUCACAAAACUUUCGCAAACACUUUUUUUUGUCCCAACCCCCCUGCAUUGUCCUGGACACCAAAUUUGCAUAAAUCUUGGGAAGUUAUUACUAAGCCUUAGUCGCAGCACCAGGUAAUUUCCUCCCAGGCCUCCAUGGGCUUGUGUAUAAAGGCCCCUGGACCUGGUCCCUGACAGAACCCAGAACCUACAGACCCAUCCAGACCCCCGGCUGAACCUGCUGCCCAGAGCCCCAUGAAGCUGAUGGCCCUGCAGCUGCUGCUCUGGCACAGCGCACUCUUGAUGGUGCAAGAAGCCACACCCCUCGGCCCUGCCAGCUCCCUGCCCCAGAGCUUCCUGCUUAAGUGCUUAGAGCAAGUGAGGAAAAUCCAGGCUGAUGGCGCUGAGCUGCAGGAGAGGCUGUGCACCACCCACAAGCUGUGCCACCCUGAGGAGCUGGUGCUGCUUGGGCACUCUCUGGGCAUCCCCCAGGCUUCCCUGAGUAGCUGCUCCAGCCAGACCCUGCAGCUGACAGCCUGCCUGAGCCAACUGCACGGCGGCCUCUUCCUCUACCAGGGCCUCCUGCAGGCCCUGGCGGGGAUCUCCCCAGAGUUGGCCCCCACCUUGGACAUACUGCAGCUGGACGUCACCGACUUUGCCACCAACAUCUGGCUGCAGAUGGAAGACCUGAGGGUAGCCCCUGCCGUGCAGCCCACCCAGGGCCCCAUGCCGACCUUCACCUCGGCUUUCCAGCGCCGGGCAGGAGGGGUCCUGGUUGCUUCCAAGCUGCAGAGCUUCCUGGAGCUCGCGUACCGUGUCCUGCGCUACCUGGCCGAGCCCUGAGCAAAGCCCUCCCCAUCCAGUGUAUUUAUCUCUAUUUAAUAUUUAUGCUUAUUUAAACCUAAUAUUUAAAGACGGGGAAGACAGAAAGGAGCCCCGGACUCCUGGAUCCUUCCCUCCACCUCCAAGUUUCAUUCUCCCGCCUGUAGCAGGGAGAAAAACUCCCGUCUUCCCGUCCCCUGGACUGGGAGGGAGUUGGUAAAUACCAAGUAUUACUUCCCGUGACUCCUCCCUGCCUGGCUCCGUGGUGGGCUCUGGGGAGAGCCACAGCGAACCCCUACCCUGAGGGUGCCUACCUCGGGGCCCUUGGAAUCAUCGGGAAGUCUCCCACGUGGGAGAUGAGACAGCCCUGUUUAAUAUUUAAACAGCAGUGUUCCCCAACUGGGUCCUUGCACCCCUGGCUCUGCCUGACUUGGCUGCUUCCCUCGAGUCCCCUUUGCCUCGGGCACGGAGCCCAUCAGAGGCAGCCGAAGCCGGGACGCUUGACCCUGGGGUCCCGCGAAUUUGCUGGGGAAUCGUUUUAAGAUUUUUUUCGGGCACGUUUUGACUCCUUGUGUGGGGAGCCCAGGCAACCAUCAGCGACGCCUCGUUUUUCUGGAUGCGCUAUAGACACCAUCAGUCUAGUGGCGCCUGCCCGACCCCGCCGGGGUCAGGGUCGGGAUUCUGACUCCUUUUCAGGCUGGGCAGUCGUGUCUCUGCCUUGCUGGGUGGGGCUGGGAAUGUGGGAGGGAAAAGAUGAGGGGGCUCGUGUGACGGGGUGUGAGAGGGACGCUCGACUGUUCACCUUCCCCCUCGGCGCCCACUUUCUCAUUGUAGCCAAACUUCACGAUAAUAAAGUGUUUGUCUCCAGUAAAUGUCCUUCCUCCUUCUUGAGUCCAGCUGGUGCCUGGCCAGGGGUCGCGGGCAGGGAGUUGAAUGGAGGGCGAGGCCCAAAGGAGGGGAAGAGGAGGUGCACCCACUGGGUGCAGACACUGGGCCGGGUGCUAGGACACG